AUGGACAGUAUUAUAUCAGCAGAGAUUCCCAACAAAGAUCAAGAUAUAAAUUACUUUAAUGCAGUUGAGGACUUCAUGAUUCAUGGUCCAUGUGGUAAUGCAAAUAAGAAGUCUCCAUGCAUGGCCAACGGAAAGUGUUCAAAGCAUUUUCCCAAAAAAUUUGUAGAAUGUUCGACCUUAAAUGAGGAUGGUUACCCAAAGUAUAGGAGACGUGAUGAUGGUCGAACAGUAUUGAAGAAUGGUACGCAAUUGGACAAUCAAUAUGUAGUCCCCCACAAUAGGUACCUUCUUUUGAAAUACAAUGCACACAUAAAUGUUGAGUGGUGUAACCAAUCAAGGUCUAUCAAAUAUCCUUUCAAGUAUGUCAACAAGGGUAAUGAUAGGGUGACUGCUGAGUUUUAUAAAAGUACAGUCGAUGAACAUUCUGCUGAGGUUAUAGAUGAGAUUGGCAUGUACUAUGACUGUCGUUACGUGUCUGCAUGCGAAGCCACAUGGCGACUUCUCAGCUUUGACGUCCAAUUUAGAACACCAGCUGUGGAAAGAUUAAGUUUUCAUUUGCCAGACUGUCAAUCUGUGAUAUUUGAUGACGAUGAUAGUAUUGAACGCGUGCUAAGUCAUCCUACAGUAGCCCAGAGUAUGUUUACUGCAUGGUUUGAAGCUAACAAGAAAUACCAAGAUGCAAGACUUUUAACAUACAUUGAGAUGCCAAAUAAGUUUGUGUGGAAAAGAAAUGUUCGCGAAUGGCAUCCAAGGAAAAGGGGUUACUCAGUUGGUCGUAUAUUUUAUGUACCACCAGGCAGUGGUGAAAUAUAUUACUUAAGGUGUCUGUUGAACAUAGUACGUGGUCCAAUAAGUUUUGAAGAGAUCAAGACUUUUAAUGGUGUAACUCACUUGACGUUCAAGGAUGCAUGUUAUGCCCGCGGCUUGCUAGAUGAUGACAAGGAAUACAUUGAUGCAAUCAAUGAGGCUAGCCAUUGGUCGUCUGGACACUCCUUGAGAAAACUUUUUGUCAUACUGCUAACAUCAAAUUCAAUUUCAAGGCCAGAAUCGGUUUGGAAUGUUACAUGGAAACUACUUUCUGAAGAUGCUGAAUUUCACCAUCGAAGAGUUGCUGGAAAUCCCGAGUUGAUGUUGCCGGAGGAAUCGAAAAAAAAUUAUGCUUUGAUGGAAAUUGAGAAAUUGUUACAAGCUUAUAAUAAGUCUUUAAAAGACUUCCCACCCAUGCCAUUACCAAAUUUAGCUGAUAGGUCAUUACUUAGUAAUAGAUUGCUGUUGGAGGAAUUGUCUUAUGAUCGUGAAGCUCUGUUUAAGGAGAGUGAGGUGUUAACUUCCAAAUUCACAGAUGAACAAAGAGUUGUAUAUGACACUAUAAUUGCAGAUGUUCAAACAAGAAAUGGUGGUUUAUUCUUCGUAUAUGGUUAUGGUGGUACUGGAAAAACCUUUAUGUGGAAGGCGUUAUCAGCAUCGUUGCGUUCUAAAGGUGAUGUUGUCAUUAAUGUUGCUUCAAGUGGUAUAGCUUCCUUGCUUUUACCUGGUGGUAGGACUGCACAUUCACGAUUUUCAAUACCCAUAUCAGUGAAUGAGGAUUCAACAUGUAACAUCAAACAUGGUAGUCACCUUGCUGAGUUAGUUAUAAAAGCAAAGCUAAUAAUAUGGGAUGAGGCUCCUAUGAUGCACAAGCAUUAUUUUGAAGCUCUGGAUAGGACAAUGAGAGACUUGCUUAGAUUCAACAAUCCUUUAAGUGCUGAGAAAACAUUUGGUGGAAAAACAGUAGUAUUUGGUGGAGACUUUAGGCAAAUAUUGCCUGUGAUUCCAAAAGGCACAAGGCAAGAUAUUGUUGGGGCCACUAUAAAUUCCUCAUAUUUAUGGAAUAAUUGUAGAGUUUUGCGAUUGACAAAGAACCUUCGUUUGAAUAGUAUUGAACCUUGCGUUGACCAAGCUAAAAUUGAGGAGUUUGCUAAUUGGAUUGCUUCGAUUGGUGAUGGGACAAUUGGUGGCCCAAAUGAUGGGUUUGCAGAGUUUGAGAUUCCAAAUGAAUUGAUACUACCAUGUGGCGAUGACCCUAUUAAAACCAUUGUUGAUACAAUUUUUCCAGAUUUUUUAAAUGGUAGAUGCGACCACGAUUACAUGCAAAGUCGUGCGAUAUUAGCACCAACACUAGAUGUUGUGAACUCCAUAAAUGAGUAUAUGACUGAAUUGCAUAGUGCAGAGAGUAAAACAUACUUCAGUUGUGAUAGUGUUUGUAAGUCAGACUCAUCAAGUGGUAUUCUUGGAGAAGUCCACACUCCAGAGUUUCUUAAUGGGUUGCGUGCAUCUGGAAUUCCAAACCACGCAUUAACAUUGAAAGUUGGAUCACCGGUAAUGUUGUUGCGCAAUAUAGAUCACUCAUUAGGUUUAUGUAAUGGUACGAGAUUGGUUAUUACAAGAUUGUCCGAGCAUGUUAUUGAGGCUAAAAUAAUGACCGGUGACAAUGCCGGGAGUUCGGUGUUGAUACCAAGAAUGUCUAUGUCUCCAUCGGACACAAGAUUGCCUUUCAAAUUUCAAAGGAGACAGUUCCCAUUAAUGUUGUCAUAUGCAAUGACAAUAAAUAAAAGUCAAGGUCAAACACUAUCUCAUGUUGGGUUGCUCUUGAAGAAACCAGUGUUUGUACAUGGUCAAUUGUAUGUUGCUGCGUCUAGAGUUAGCAAUCCUAAGGGUCUAAAGAUUCUAAUUUGUAAUGAGCUUAACAAGAGUUGUAUUUCAACAACUAAUGUUGUGUACCAUGAAGUUUUCAAUAAUUUGUAA